AAAAAACAUCACCAGUCGUUUCAGUUCCUGUUUUCAAUAAAUGGCUAUAUCUAAGCUAAAUGGAUUUGUAUUUUUUUCUAAUCCGAAUUUGUACAGAUAGUUUUUUCUCUUAGGAAGCGUGUCUAAUGCAAUACUCGGAGGGAUUAUCUGUAUAUUAAGCAAUAUACAAUUUAUAGGCCUAUAUUGCGAUGAAAGCAACGCAUGCUGUAGAAAGUUGUAUCAUUCAUCACAAUUUCAAGUAAUGUCCUUUGAACAUGAACUUUGCCCCUUAUAAGAAAUAAUACAUAAGUAUAUUAAACAAGACGAAAAUAUUUUUGAAGAAAUACAGGGUAGGGCAUCAUCACACUGUCAGGGGUCCUGACAUUGUGAGGAUGAGGUUAGGAAUGAGUAGUUUCUACAUUCUGCUUAACACAAGUAUACUAUGAAUAAACACAACCCCAGGAGUACCAGUAAACAAUAUUGUAUGUACUAAUAAAUUGUAGAUCGAGAAAUCAUAUAACCUUAAUUACUCGGUGGCAGUCAGACGGGUUCGAUGAUCGCCAUGCAGCUAGUGGCCAGAUACAUAGCUCAAUUGCUAGAGAACCUGACUAAAUAUUCAGGGUCCCAGGUUUGAUUCCUGGUCUGAUCCAUUGCAUUUUCUCCCUUCUUAAAAAUGUGACAUUUGGUGCCGACUAAACUAGCCUCAGCCGGCCUUGAGAACUGACAGGUGAAAAUGCCUCCCAGGGAAUAAAUGGUCGAGUUGAUGUCUUGAAAGGUGUGAAGACAUUCAAGGAGGGAGGAAUGUGGUACGUGGUUAGACAGGUUUGAUAGUUAUAGUGGCCAUAUAGCUCAGUUGUUAGAGCACCUGAUUAGAGAUUCAGGGGGCGGGCAGGUUGAAAUCCCGGUCUUAUCCUUUACGUUUAAUCAUCGCUUGUUACAUUAACUCAAUAAACCCAAAAGAAAACAUUUAAAGAUAUUGAUGAAAAACAGAGUUGGACUUAUAACAGCUGGCCAGGAAAAGUACUUUAGAGAGAGCUGAAUGGAGGAAGAUUCGGUUUCCACUGUGAAGAUGGAGGAUUCUGAGGAAGGGCGAGGGAACCUGUCCUAUGGGGUACCUUCCAUGUCUGGGGAACCUGUUGUCAUCACCUAUACAACUGAGACCACAGAGGAUGCAGCCCUCCAAGUUCAGGGGAAGGGAUUAGCCAUGUCCAAGGCAGAUCAAACAGAGGACUGCCUCUAUACAGAUACACCCAAUCAGGAGGCAGGGACUGUGGAGAGCGACAGCUUUACUGAGGCCCUGGCAGGGGAGCAGCUCCUGCAGAUGGCCAAUGCAAUUGUAAUGGAGCAGGGUCAGGAGGAUGGUCUGGAGGGAAAUCGACAAGGAAUCUUACAGACAGUUGACGAGGCUGGAGUCAUUGUCAAUGAAAUGCAGAUUGUUCAAAACAGCAAUCAGGUGGAGACCAUGGAAGACAUGCAAACGAUGGCAGAAUACACAGAUGAAGAUGGUGCCAUUCAUCAAGUCCCUGUAAAACUCGAAAAAAAUGACCAGUUGGUUCAGUUACUGCCAGUCUCGACAGAAGAUGGAAAUCAGAUAUACCUCCAAGUGCUCAACCCAUCCAAGAGAGAAGUGUUGCCCCCUGAUUCACCAACAGAAAUCCAGGAGAUCAUGAUCUCAGAGGACCAGUUAGUGACAGAAAUGCAAAGCCAAGAAACCACAACAAAUCAGGAAGUUACCAUAGAAAACAUUCAGGAAAUGUCAAAUUACAAAACAGAAGUGUUAGAGGACGGGACAGUCCAGAUCUAUAUGCUGGAGGAUAAGACGAAGGAACAGAGAGGGCUGAAUAAAACCCUUAUGAACAUAAUCUCCCCCUCAAAAAGCAGUGCCCCAUGCCCACCAACCAGCUCUCUUAUGACCAUUCAGGCCAAGAAAUACCGAGAUGUGGCCACUCAGAUAACAGUUUUCCCAAAAUUCUCCAGACAAGGAUUGUAUGAUGUUUCUACACAAGUUACUUCCAAAGACAUCCUUAGAGAUCCCAAGCUACGCAGCUUACCAAAUGGUACCACUGUUAUUCAGAACAAUAUAGUCAAUCAAAGCGAGAGCACAAUCAUUCUUAAUGCAGGGAACGAAAAUGAAAUGAUUCUCCAUAAAUGCACGAUUUGUGGGAAAGUUUACAAAAAUAAACAGAAUUGGCAAGGACAUAUCAGAAUUCAUGCUCAAGAAAAGGUCUACAUGUGUGGCUAUUGUGGUAAAAUCUAUCCUAGAGGUAGUCUUUCUACUCAUCUCCGCACUCACUCGGAGCUCAGACAGAUAGCUGUGUUUGAAAAUCUUCCAGAUCACUUAAAGAGGAAGAAUUACAAACAAGCUCCAGGGAUGGUUUUUCCCAAUGAAGAAGCCUCCAUUAUUGAGCUAAGUAUUGCAGACGUAGCUACAGAAAUUGAUCCUGAUCUGUUCCCUCCACCUGCAGCGGAAGUCAUGACUGCCGCCGCAAACAUCGUAUCCUCAAAUGAUGCUUCACUACCUGAGCCAGCAGCCGAGUCUGAAGUUUUCACAGAAAAUGAAAUCCCUGCCAAGAUGCAUAUGGAAGUGGAGGCUGAAGCUGAAAUCCAAGAGGGAACUAAAACCAAAUUCAUCUAUAAGUGUAAUGUGUGUGGUAAAGAGUACAACAACAAGAGCAACUGUCACAGACACCUCAAGUCCCACACAGACACCAAAGGCUUCAAAUGUGGUUACUGUGGCAAGGCAUUCACACACAGGUACGAGGUGCGCAUGCACUGUAGGACCCAUACAGGUGAAAGACCUUAUAAAUGCCCCAUCUGCACUCGUGGAUUCAACGAAAGUGGAAAUCUGAGGCGACACAUGAAAAUCCAUGAGGGAGAUAAUUCUCCGUUUAAAUGUGGAGUAUGCUUCAAAGGAUUUAAUGACACUCUGAGAUUGAAUGCUCACAUGAAGGUUCAUACUGGAGAAAUUGUGUGUGAUGUUUGUGGAAAGAAAUUCGGGAAGAUAUCAGACUUGUAUCGCCAUAUCAAAAUCCAUAGCGGAGAUCGCCCAUACAAAUGUGAUAUGUGUGGGAAGACAUUCUGUCAGAAGGUCAACUUAGUCACACAUCAACGCACACAUACAGGUCAGAAAGCAUUCCGCUGCGAUUUCUGUGGACUGGGAUUCAGCAGGAAGACAAUCCUACAGCAACACAUGAAGACUCACAUGGAGGAGGAGGAAUUCUCGGUCGAGAGGACGGCCGUCCGCCCUAUCAAGGGGGAGGUGGAGAUCAUGGAGGCAGACGUCAUUGAACACAUGGAAGCCCUGUCCAAUGAGUUUGUAGAAGAUGGAGAGACACAGACGACAGACAUCGAGGGUGUGGUUUUGGAGGAUGGGGGAGAAAUGAUCACUGAGUCUACCUCCCAGGGAAUGGAAACUCUGAUAGAGUAACGAACGACGUGUAGGGAUAUAUUAAAGGAAAAAUUAAAUGCAGGAUGUGUGACAGUCGAUCAUCAUUAAAAAAACUCAUUCUAUACAUGCCUUGCAUUUAUUUGAAAUUCAUGACAGAGAUUAAUGUUUAUGAUAAUGCACACUAUAUUUUUAUAUAUUUUUUGUUUGUUUUAGUCUCAGUGUCCUUGUUUAAAGGUAGAUCGAUUUAACAGGUGAAUGGAAAGUCAGUGUGUGGUACAGUUUUGUCUUGUCUUUUGUUCAAGGCAGUUUCUAUCAAAAAUGAGUACUUGCCAUUAUUUUGAGUACAGUAACCUAUGCAAUUUUGUGUUGCAAAUCCAGUGUGAAAGUCUGGAGCAUAUAUUAUGAUUUAAACAUAUGUAAAUUUUAUGAUACAUUUGUAUUUAAAUGAGUUAAAAUUUUAUUUUAUAUGAAGUUUUCUUGACAACACUCAUUGUUAGCAUUGAAAUACUGUAGGCAUAUACUUUUUUGCCAUGUGGUACAGUUUCCACUUUAUCUGCAGAAUUUUAUACCGGGAAACUAAAGGCAACAUAAUAUAUAGAUAGUGCAUGUGGUUGAGGGCAACAUUGAAAAUUUCCACCCUGAGAAAACCAAUGUUACCAAUGUAACCACAUGCACUUUUUAUUAAAGCACGAAAACUCGACUUAAUUUAACAUCUUUUAUCUAAAGAUUCCUGCCAGGCUGUCGAUUAUCGUUUGUUUCUUUUAAUAAAUUACUUUAAACUAUUACCAUAAUGCACUGUAGACAGCAUUUAUUUCUGGCGCUAAAAUAACACAAUUUGUAGAAAAUUUAUGUCAAACAAUUUGCACAUCAAUUUGAAGAAUGUGAUAUUUUUAUAAUAACGUAUCAUCCAUUGUCGAGUAAUGUUUCCCGUUGCUAGGUACUAUUACAUUGGAGUGUGGGGUUUUUACUCCCACGGGAAAAACAUGUUUUUUCAAACUUUUCUCAGUCAAUCAGUUUCAAGUAUUUCACAUGAAAUUAUGUUGAAAAUAAAUGUAUUGAACACAAAUCUGCAGUUUUUUACCCCUGGAUUGAACAGAGUGAGAGUUUUAACCCCAAGAAAAAAGUAUGCAUACAGUAUAUUUGUGUUCUGGUUCUAAAAUUUAAAGUUAUGUUUGACAAGUUGGCUAAUUGAAAUUAUUAAAAUUGUUAUUACUAGC